AUGAAUGAAAACGAUGACAAGAAAAAAAAAAAAAAAAAAAAGAAAAAACGAAAAUACUUCGAGGCCAAUCACAAACACACUGGCACACAACAAGCAAUGGUAUUCUCAAGAAACUCUAUACUCAUAUUCGGCUUAUUAAUGGCGGGACCAUGGAUCUGGGUCUUAUGGAAGACUUCUACACCUACCAGAAUGCUACAAACGGUUGACAUUUCAAUAGGAUUUGACAAGCAAUCAGAGCAGUUCAACUUCCCUGACUUGGUAGACGCAACCCAGAUCCAAAUAGAUGCCGAGCUACCGUAUGUCACGAAUCGAUCAAUAGCCGUGAACCUUCUUGACAAUUUACGUGGAGACAUCCCCAAAGAAAGAACAAACUAUUCUGUCGAGCUUGUACUUUCGCGAGACAAUUCGCUUGCGGUUUCCCCCGACGGUCUAACAGCAUAUGUGUUCUACUCAUAUGAAUCAAUCCAGUCCAAUGAUCUUCCCUAUUUGAUUACACAGACAAUACUUUAUCAUUUAUUAAAGUCGGAAGUUGCCUAA